AUGGGGGACCAGCCGCCUGACCCCGAGUACCCCUCCCGCCAGCCCUGGAGCCGGCAGGGUUCCCAGGGCUCGGAGCCGCGGCGCAGCGGGGAGCUCUCGCAGCCCCAGGCCCUGUCGGAGGAGGCGCGGCAGAUGCUGCUGUCCGAGGCGCGGGCCAGCCAGGACAGCCGCUCCAGCCUCCCCCGGCACAGCCUCCGCUGGUCCCAGGGCGCCGGGCUGCCCCUAAACGAGAACCUGCCCAUGAUGGCCCCGGACGCCCGGGCGACCAGCCUGGAGUACCCCACGGGGCUGGGCUUCCCCCCGGAGUUCCAGGCCCAGGGCUACAUGAGCGAGGGCAGGGUCUCGGCCGGCGAGCACACCACCCAGCUGCUGCUGCAGCAGCUCCAGCAGGGCUCCGGCGGCCUCUUCCAGCAGUUCGAGUCCCCCUACCAGGACCCCCGGGCCAACCUGGGCCAGUUCAGCUUCUACCCGAGGGAAGAGCAGUUCGGCGAGGACACCCCGCACGGGCCCUACCUCAGGGAUGACCCUGCCCUGCCCUUCCUGCCCUCGGACCUGGGCUUCGUGCCUUUCCACGGUGAGAUGCCCGAGCCUCACCCCCGGGAGCUGGCCGUGCAGAACGCCAAGGCCUACUUGCUGCAGACCAGCGUGGGCUGCGAACUCAGCCUGUAUGAACACCUGGUGAACCUGCUGACCAAGAUCCUGAACCAGCGGCCCGAGGACCCCUUGUCCAUCCUGGAGUUUCUGAACCGCACCACGCAGAGCGAGUGGUUCCACCCCAAGGUGGACACGCUGCAGGACGACCCCGAGAUGCAGCCCACCUUCGAGAUGGCGGAGAAGCAGAAGUCGCUGUUCUCGCGCGGCGGCGGCGGGGAGGGCGAGCAGGAGAUGGAGGAGGAGGUGACGGAGACGGUGGUGCCCAACAUCAUGGAGGCGGCCUUCUACUUCCAGCAGGCGGGCGUGGGCCUGAGCGCCGACGAGAGCUUCCGCAUCUUCCUGGCCAUGAAGCAGCUGGCCGAGCAGCAGCCGGUGCACACGUGCCGCUUCUGGGGCAAGGUGCUGGGGCUGAGCCGCAGCUACGUGGUGGCCGAGGUGGAGUUCCGGGAGGGCGAGGAGGAGGCCGAGGAGGAGGAGGCCGAGGAGCUGCUGGAGGGCGGCGACGUGCUGGAGCCGCACAGCGAGGAGGAGGCCGAGGAGGACGAGGAGAAGGCGGCCGCCGCGCCGCCGCAGCCCACCUGGCGGCCGCCGCCCGCCACGCCGCGCGAGGAGAGCCGCACGGGCGCCAACAAGUACCUGUACUUCGUGUGCAGCGAGCCGGGCCGCCCGUGGGCGCGCCUGCCGCACGUGACGCCGGCGCAGAUCGUGCAGGCGCGCAAGAUCAAGAAGUUCUUCACGGGCCACCUGGACGCGCCCGUGCUCAGCUACCCGCCCUUCCCGGGCAACGAGGCCAACUACCUGCGCGCGCAGAUCGCGCGCAUCUCGGCCGCCACGCACAUCAGCCCGCUCGGCUUCUACCAGUUCGGGGAGGAGGAGGGCGACGAGGAGGAGGAGGGCGGCGCGGGGCGCGACUCGUUCGAGGAGAACCCGGACUUCGAGGGCAUCCCCGUGCUGGAGCUGGUGGACUCCAUGGCCAACUGGGUGCACCACGCGCAGCACAUCCUGCCGCAGGAGAAGGCCCUGAAGCGGCAGCUGGAGGAGGAGCAGAAGCUGAAGCCCGGGGGCAAGCCAUAG